AUGGAGCCUCGGGACGGUGUCUCCUCAGUCGUGAGCGGGGGGACGGAGCGAAGUCUCCAGCCCGACGCGAGCGAAGAUCUCCUGGCGACACCAGCAGAAUCCCGCUGUUCGCCGCCGUGUGGAGGAGACUGCGGUGACGGAACCCACCGCGGUGAAGUGCCCAGUCCCCACGCCGACGCUUCGGGCAGCGCUGAGGGCGAGAAGGAAGACGCGAAACUUCCCCUGCCUGCCUUGCACGACUACUGGGAGGAUUUAUAUCACCACGAGCUUCAGCUGGCCUCUUCCGAGGACGGCGAAUGCAGCGAGGAUGCAGAGGCAAGUCGAUGCGUUGACCGGAGCGAUCAAGAGGAGAGCGACAGCGACGCCUCGACGGUCUACGAAGGCAACGGCGAAGAGUGGUUUGAGGCUCAGAGCGAGGCCAUUGCGAGCUGGCUUCUGUCGAAGGCCGAGGAGAUUUCCAGCGAAGGGAAGCUAGCCAGUGUCCGUGGAAACUCGGAUCUCCCCGAAAUCGCUGGCUCGGAGACCCGGGAGCGAGAGGCGUCAACCCGAGACCAGAUUCCGAUUCUCGAUGUGGGUUGCGGGAACGGUUUGUUUCUUCUCCGCCUCCUUCGUCGAGGAUGUUCCACGCUCGCUGGUGUCGACUACAGCGCGGCGGCGAUCCGGCUGGCGCGCCAAAACGUAGACAGAAUGCUGCGUCGCCUGAAGCGGCGUCAACGAUGGCGAAGGACCAGCGAGACAUGUGGACACACGGAGGCGGACCAGAAAGGUGGAGCCUGUCUCGGGUCAUCUCUUGCCUUCACAUCGGCUGACACUGUCGAACCUGACGCCGCAGACCGUUUUCCACACGUCUGCUUGGCCCUCGUGGAUGUGCGGAAGGUCGUCCCUCUGGACGCACCCACGGGGGCUUUCGAGUCUUGCAAAGAGAAACCACAAGCUGAGUCGGGGGUGCGCGGACGCCUCUGCAGAAGCGUACGGAGAGCGAGGAGCGCGUGCGUUGCUACCGCAGAAAGAAGGCGAUCUGAGCGCGUGACUUGUGAGCCGCUUAAAACGUGUCCUCGGGGCGUCUCCAAGGACGGCCGGGUGAGCGGCGACGCGUUGAAAUGCAUGGAAGAAACCGACUGCGUGGACAAGGGAGACACCGCGUCCGAACGACUGCAAGAGUGCAUGCCUGCGAAGCGAGGCUCGUGGGUAGACGCGGACGGCGUCGGCAGGUUUUUCUGCUGUUGCGGUGAGGGUGUAGAAGAUCGGACAGAAUGCGGGAUCUUGCCGCUCCUUCACGCUCUCCCACAGUUCCCAAUCAUUCACGACAAAGGCACCUUUGAUGUGUUCUACUUGCUGAAAAUACCCAAGGUGUACGUGCACCGGAUCUCCGCGCUCCUUCCUGCUCGAGGCCUUCUCUGUCUCACGUCUUGCAAUUGCACGCGGUCGGAGUUGGAGGAAUUCUUCUGCGAGUCGGAGAGAGGCGACGAACCGCUGUUUCGAGUCGUCGACCAACUGCGUCACAAAACCUUCAAAUUCGGCGGCGUUGAAGGCCAAGUUGUCACCACACUCAUGUUUGCACGAUCGGAAACUUGCUAG